AUGACUACUGCCCAAGCACCAAUCAAGACUUUGUCAGAAGACGAAGAAAUGUAUGUCGAAGCUGAAGGAAAACUCUUCGAAUUAUACAAACACAGAUCAACAAAUAUUGCUCAAUCCCAAGCUUUGGAAAGAGAAAAGAGAAUGGCUACUCUUACCUUUGUAGAACUUGAUAAACUUCCUUCCGAUACAAUCACAUACAAGGCUGUAGGAAGAUCCUUCAUCACCAGAAAACAAGAUGUUUUAAAGGGAGAUAUUCGUAAUAAUAUUGAAUAUUGUGAUGUGGAACUUAAAAAGCUUCAAGAAACGAGAAUUUCUAUUCAAAAGAGAAUUGAAGCUGAAGAGGAAUCAUUUAAGACUAUUAUUCAAAAGAUUCAACUUUCAAAACAACAACCUAAAUCAAAUUAA